CAUGACGCAGUACCACGUCGGACAGACUGUAAACGUGGAACGUAAUGGAUUCCUGCAGAGGAGUAAAGUACUGGAGAUUGACUGCAGUUUGAUGGAAGUUGUUUUUCUGGAUGAUGAUCAUAAGGAGUGGAUCCACCGAGGCUCCAAUCGCUUGGAACAAAUGAUUAGUGUGAAUGAGAAUUUAAAUAAGACUUAAAAGGAGGAUGGGAGGAAGAGUAUCACUACCUCAGUCAAUGAUGCCUCACACAAGACGAUACUCGUCCUCGGAAAGAGACAGUCGAGCCAGCUACCAGGAUCGCUACAGAGACCGAGACAGAGGGCGAAGACAUCGACACAGAAGAACGCCGACUUACUCCUCCAGCAGUGACAGAGAAAGAGACCGAGACAGGAGGGGACGUGGACACAGACAGGAAGGAAGCUAUGUACGGUCACGGAGUCGCAGCUUUGACAAUCGCUCAGUGGAACAACGACCGUUUGACAGAAGAUACUGCGAGGGAUACAGACGGUUUGAUCAAAGCAGAGAACGCGACAGAGACAGGGAGCCACAUGGAGCAGCCGAAAGUUACUAUCCACGUGACUUCUCGCCAAACAUGUACGACUACAGACGCGGCCGUGAGAGGGAGCGUGAACGAGAAGAGUCGUACCGGAGGAAAGGCAGCAGGCGUAAGCACAAACGAAGGCGGCGUAGAACCAGGUCCUAUAGCGCAUCCUCCUCGCGGAGCAACAGCCGGACGCGUGCACUGAGUGUGAGGGACGACGAGGAAGGGCACCUGAUCUGUCGGAGUGGGGACGUCCUGCAAGAGAGAUAUGAGAUUGUCAGCACUUUGGGGGAAGGCACCUUUGGCAGGGUGAUGCGGUGCAUUGACCAUCGCAGGGGAGGAGCCCACGUUGCUCUGAAAAUUAUCAAGAAUGUGGAGAAAUACAAGGAAGCAGCUCGCUUGGAGAUCAAUGUACUGGAGAAGAUCAAUGAAAAGGAUCCUGAUAACAAAUUUUUAUGUGUACAGAUGUAUGACUGGUUUGACUACCACGGUCACAUGUGCAUCUCCUUUGAGCUGCUAGCUCUGAGCACCUUUGACUUUCUGAAGGAAAACAACUACCUGCCCUACUCAAUUGGUCAGGUCAGACACAUGGCCUACCAAAUCUGUCUUGCUGUGAAAUUUCUCCACGACAAUAAGCUGACACAUACAGACCUCAAGCCUGAGAACAUCCUGUUUGUCAACUCAGACUUCACCAUGACCUACAACGUAGAGAAGAAACGAGAGGAGAGGACUGUUAAGAGCACGGCAGUACGCGUGGUGGACUUUGGCAGUGCCACAUUUGACCACGAGCACCACAGCACCAUUGUGUCCACACGGCAUUACCGUGCCCCUGAGGUCAUAUUAGAGCUGGGCUGGAGUCAUCCCUGCGAUGUGUGGAGCAUUGGCUGUAUCCUGUUUGAGUACUACUUGGGCUUCACUUUGUUUCAGACUCAUGACAACAGGGAACAUUUGGCUAUGAUGGAAAGAAUCCUGGGACCAGUGCCCUCCAGGAUGAUUCGUAAGACUCGGAAGCAGAAAUACUUCUAUCGUGGUCGUCUUGAUUGGGAUGAGAGCUCCUCAGCGGGAAAAUAUGUUAGAGAAAACUGCAAACCAUUACGGCGAUAUCUGCUGUCCGAGGCGGAAGACCACCACCAGCUGUUUGACCUCAUCGAAAGCAUGUUGGAGUAUGAGCCCUCCAAGAGGCUUGCACUGGCUGACUCUCUAAAACACCCUUUCUUUGAGAACUUAGGGAUCAGUGAGGCUGCAGGCACCAAGAGCUGGGAGGGCAACCGGGACAUCAGCCGGUGACCCACAACCCUCCAAAGACUCAAUGAUGAAGGGUUUACAGUCCUUUCUGUGUGGAGCAGUGGGAAAUGUUGAAUAAAUUGGGGCCUCAUCUGUCAUUAAAGCAUGGACACCUUAACUUCUCGCUCCUCUGGCGUCCAUCUCUGUAGCCACAAGAGGCAUGUUUUUGCAGCAGAGACUAAAAAUAAGCCCCAGAAGAUGUGGGGGAAAGAGUGAAGUCUUUUCUAGUUCUCACAGCCUCGGCAGAGGCAAAAAAAAUCUUUAAAUGGAAGAUUGUUUGUAUCCAAAGUAGCCCACUAUGCAGCUCCUGUCUUCCUUUAGACUUCUGAACCACCUUCCACCCUUCUUUCUGUUUACCUGUUAUUUUAACCAGCAUGUAAAGAAAAUAAGGAAAUGCUACCAGAGUCUGUCAUCAAAAAAAAGAAUCAGCUUUGGAGAUGAAAAAGUCUUCCGAUUCUGAAGUGAAAGGAAAGGGUAAAAAUAGGAGACAUGGAGAAGAGAUUCUGUUAUACAAACAUCAAACAUCUGAUCAUUCAAAUUGGAAAGUAUUGCAAACAUCUGUGGCAGAGGCAAGUGUCUCAACUUCUUGUUUACGUUGUUAAUUAAAGACCUGCACAUAGACUUCUUGUUUUAUAAAAGAAAUGUCCCCUAUAUGGAGAAUCUGCAAUAAAUUAGUGGGUUUAUUACUAUUCACCAGUAAUGUGAGAAGAUAAUAAUGACGGGACACUCCGCUUACAUGGGCCUUUGCUGCCUCUCUUAUAUGAUAAAUAUGUUGUCAUGCAAUGAUUUCUGGGUGUGAGAGUGUGUGUCUGUUGGAUGGAGUGGGCGACGCGUUUAUGUUUUGCUCAGUGGUUUACGUAAGCAUUAGUUGUGGGAACAAUCCCACUCAUUCAAACUCCAAUAACUGCCUUUUCCAUGUUUGACAUUUUCAGACCUGACGUCUCUCUAUCGAGGUUAAGCACACAGCCCCUGUUGAUGGUAUUUAUUAUGAGUUCUUCUAGGUCAUAGUCCCCACCGCCCACCUGUACAUGACUUGUUUUUUUUGUAUGAAAUUAAAGCGUAUAAAACUGUAUAUAUGUAUUAUUGUGUAGAAUUAAAGUCCUCCUUGCCAAAGGCUUCUGGU